AUGACCGAUCAAAUAAAGUUUAUAGUGAAGGAAUUGAAUUCCACAUUAGGCAGAAAUUACGAUUUAAUAAAAUAUGACUCCUUAGACGAAAAACAAUUACUGCAAGUUCUUGGUGAUCUUUUGGUUAGUUUUGGCGCAGGGGAAAAGCUUAAUGUUCAUGAAGAUGAGCCGGAGAUGGUUACUGUGCGGCUAUUAGAAAUGUUGGGUAAUGUAAAAUAUCGGCCGCCUUCUAGUGUUGAAGCAACAGCAUUUAGGUCGCAGUUAAUCGCAGGAGAUCAAAGGACUGUUCACCAUGUUUUACAUUGGCUUUUGUCAAAUAAAGAACAAGUAAAAAAUACAGCAUAUUUGGCUAAGUAUUUGAAAAUUCCGGACAUCCCAGCCGAUGUUACAAGGAAUAAUACGAUCCAAGACUUAUUGGACCUCUAUCAGAAUCUCAUUGAUGAGUUUAAGGAUGUACACAAAAGAACGAGGAUGCUGCAAAAAGAAAAUGCUACUGAAAUAAUUAAUGAUAUUAAGGAAAUGGCAGUGGAAAGGGACAUUGUUAUCAAACGCUUAGAAAACGUCCAAGUUCAUUUAGUAGACGUAAGAGAUAAAGAAGAUUUGCUGGCAGUAAGUAAACUGCUACGUGUCCAACAGGAAAAAGCAAAGGAAUUGCAGACUCAAUACAACAUGCAACAAGCUCAAUUGAAAACAGCUUCGGAACAGUUGAAGCGGUAUUUAAACGUUAUGCACGGACAAAGUGCAACCCCGAAAACCGCAGCAGACGUUAUUAAACAUUUAGAAGAGGAAAUACAGUUGAACAGUUAUCUAAUUAAAGAAAAGCUUCCCCAAGAGACGGCGAGUCUACAGAAGGAAUUAAACAUAAUGCAAACGAUAGCCAUGGAACAACAUCCGACACGGUCAGAUCUAAUUGUCCUUCAGGAUAAGAUAUCAAAAGUGAAUGGUGAGAUCGAGCAGAUAGUUCAACGUCGUCUCUCCGAAUCCGAUCCCCAAGAGGACAAGCUGGCUCCCUUCCGUCAGCAGGCGGCCGUCAUAAGGAGGAACAAGGAAUCAAGUGCAGCCCGAGUGCACGAGCUAACUACAACACUUAGGGAAAACGAGGCGACUCUGGCUGACUUACGAUCACAGGUAAAACAAUUGCUGGGCGAUAUGGUGCUAAGAGGAGAGGAGCUGAAAAAAUACGUCAAUUCUCUUCGCACUAAAAGUACCCUCUAUAAAAGGCAAAGGGCAAAUCUAUCAACUUUCAAGGUAGAAGCGGGGAUAUUGUCCAGAACUCUACAAAUAUUAUGUACGAAGGAUCCCACGGUGGAAUUGGCUCUCGGAAUAAAGAGAAAAUCUACGGAUUUAACAAAAAAAUCUUUUCAUGAAGUUUCUCAGCUCGUUGCCCAGACGGCUCAAAAGUUGUCAAUGGUUCGUCAAGAAAUACAACCAUUAGCUGAUGAGGUUAAACCGAUCAAACAAGAAUUCCAAGAAAUACAGACUCAAUACGAACAGAAAAAAAGAGUUUAUGAAGCUACGUCGAUUAAUAUUUCUUCCCAAAUGGAGCCUUUAAAGAGCCAAGUUAAAGAAUUGACUGAUUUGUUAAACCGUAAAGAAGAUGAAUGGAAAAACUUAAGACAAAAAAUAACAAAGGCUGAAAGUUUGCAAGAAGUUGUUAUGUUUGAGAUGAAAAACUCAAUGCAAUCUCCGAGGACCCCGUCCAAAAUGGAGGCUCUGAAGAAAAGGGUUGCGGAGCUCGAAGAGAUUGUUAGGAAUUUAGAAGUUGAACAAAGAGAGAUAAGUUCAAAGCAAGGUGCGGUCGAGGAACAGACGCGUUUGUGGCAGAACGUCCUGCAAUUGUUGCGUUGCAAACUAAAGGCGCGCAGCGAGCCUAAUACACGUCACGAACGGAUGCACAUCACGAAACAUUCACAGAUGUUAACUCUUACUUAG